CCGCUCUCUGUGCGCAGGCGCGCAGAUCGAGGCCCUUUGCGACUCGGUGCGCAGGCGCCCCAGGCGCUGCUAAUUGUAGAAGCAAUGGACGCGCUGGAGUCGUUGUUGGACGAAGUGGCCUUGGAGGGUCUCGAUGGCUUGUGUUUGCCUGCUCUGUGGAGCCGUCUGGAGUCCCGAGUGCCUCCCUUCCCGCUGCUGUUGGAGCCCUACACGCAGGAGUUUUUGUGGCGGGCUCUUGCCACGCAUCCGGGCAUCAGCUUCUAUGAAGAGCCUCGGGAGCGCCCCGACCUCCAGCUGCAGGAUCGGUAUGAAGAAAUCGACUUGGAAACUGGAAUUUUGGAGUCCCGGAGGGACCCGGUCUCUUUGGAGGAUGUCUACCCCAUUCAUAUGAUCUUAGAGAAUAAGGAUGGCAUCCAGGGCUCAUGCCAGUUCUUCAAGGAGAGGAAAAACAUUACCAGUAACAUCAGGACCAAGUCUUUGCAGCCUCGUUGUACAAUGAUGGAGGCAUUUGAUAGGUGGGGCAAGAAGCUAAUCAUUGUUGCCUCCCAAGACUUGCGCUACAGGGCCCUGAUAGGCGCAGAGGGGGACCCUGACCUGAAGCUCCCCGACUUCUCCUACUGCAUCUUGGAGCGACUGGGCCGGUCCAGGUGGCAAGGAGAGCUGCAGCGAGACCUUCACACAACCGCUUUCAAGGUUGACGCGGGAAAGCUUCAUUAUCACCGGAAGAUCUUGAACAAAAACGGGCUCAUUACAAUGCAGUCGCAUGUGAUCCGAUUGCCCACGGGAGCCCAGCAACACUCCAUCCUCCUGCUCCUGAACCGGUUCCAUGUGGACAGGAGGAGCAAAUACGACAUCCUCAUGGAGAAGCUCUCGGGCGUGCUGAGCACCCGGAGUAACCGCAUCGAGACGCUGGGCAGGCUGCGGGAGGAGCUGGGGCUGUGUGAGAGGACAUUUAAGCGUCUGUACCAGUACAUGCUGAACGCGGGGCUGGCCAAGGUGAUAACCCUUCCCUUACAAGAGAUUCACCCCGAAUGUGGACCUUGUAAGACCAAAAAAGGGACGGACGUCAUGGUCCGGUGCCUCAAGCUGCUGAAGGAGUUCAAGAAGAAGGUCGAAGAUGACCACGACGACGACGACGAGGAGGAGGAGGUCAUCUCCAAGGCCCUGCUCCCCGUGGACAUCGUGUACGAGCGGGACAUGCUCACGCAGACCUAUGACCUCAUUGAGCGCAGAGGCACAAAAGGAAUUUCCCAAGCUGAAAUCCGAGUGGCCAUGAACGUGGGGAAGCUGGAAGCAAGAAUGCUGUGUCGGCUUCUUCAGAGGUUCAAGGUUGUCAAGGGCUUCAUGGAGGACGAAGGCCGGCAGCGGACCACCAAGUACAUCUCGUGUGUGUUUGCCGAGGAGAGCGACCUGAGCCGGCAGUAUGCCCGCGAGAAGGCCCGGGGCGAGCUGCUGACCACCGUGAGCCUGGCCUCCAUGUCCGAGGAGCCGCUGCUGCCCGAAGGCGAGGACGCCUUUCUCUCCGAGUCAGACAGCGAGGAGGAGGGCAGCAGGGGCGGCAAGCGCAGGCCCCAGGGAGCCCAGGCCCACACGCGACCUUCGGCAGAGUUCAGACCUGGAGUGCAGCCUCCUCACUCCACCCCAACCAAGGGUGGGUGGAAACUCCUCAACCUUCACCCCUUGAAGAGGCAGCUGCCUUCCUCCCCAGGGGCUGCUGAGGAGCGAGCCUCCCGGAGCUCGGGGAGCAGGGACAACUUGGACACCAGCGGCUCCUCAGACUUCAACGUGUCCUUCGGCUCCCACUGCGUGGAGAGCUCCAGUGGCGACAUAGCCAUGAUCGAGGAGGUGCGGCUGGACAACCCCAAGGAGAGCGGCAGCUCCCAGAAGGCCGGGAAGCAUGGCACAGGCCCCGACAAGCCCCACAAGACCUACCGACUGCUGAAACGCCGGAAUCUGAUCAUAGAAGCCGUCACCAACCUUCGCCUGAUUGAGAGCCUGUUCACGAUUCAGAAGAUGAUCAUGGAUCAGGAGAAGCAGGAGGGCGUGUCUACCAAGUGCUGCAAGAAGUCCAUCAUCCGCCUGGUGCGGAACUUGUCCGAGGAAGGCCUCCUGAGGCUGUAUCGGACCACGGUGAUUCAGGACGGCAUCAAAAAGAAGGUGGAUCUGGUUGUGCACCCGUCCAUGGACCAGAACGACCCUCUUGUGAGAAGCGCCAUCGAGCAGGUCCGCUUCCGGAUCUCCAAUUCAAGCACGGCAAACAGGGGGAAGGCUCCUCAGCCUCCAGCACCCCCAGAGGAGGUAGAAGAAGAAAGUCAAGGACAAGAGGAACCAAGCAGAUCAGGAGACCCUGACAUGAACGCUUCCUCCAAGCCAGAGAGUGGGCGGGCUAAAAAGACCGAUGAGAAGAUGGGCGUAACCCCGAUGAAAAAUUACCACCCUGUUGUAGUCCCGGGCCUCGGGCGCUCCCUCGGGUUCCUGCCCAAGAUGCCUCGCCUGCGGGUGGUGCACACGUUCCUGUGGUACCUGAUCUACGGGCACCCUGGCUGCUAUGUGGUGGAGAAGCCAGUGUUGUACAGCGGGGAAAGGAGAGGCGGCAGGAACUCCAGGGGUGACUGGGAGGCCUCGGAUCGCAGGGACAAUCCAGACGGUGUCACCUGGGAGACUGAGGUGGAGCUGUCCACAGAGACAGUGUACGUGGACGACGCCUCCUGGAUGCGCUUCAUCCCGCCUGUCCCCGUCCACCGCGACUUCGGCUUUGGCUGGGCGCUCGUCAGCGACAUCCUCCUCUCGCUGCCCCUUUCCAUCUUUGUCCAGAUCGUGCAAGUCAGCUACAAGGUGGAAGGCCUGGAGGAGUACCUGAACCACCCUCUGAAGCAGCACACGCUCAUCCGCUUCCUGCCCAGGGCCAUCCGGCAGCAGCUCCUGUACAAGAGGCGGUAUGUCUUCUCGGUGAUGGAGAGCCUGCAGAGGCUGUGCUACAUGGGGCUGCUUCAGUUCGGCCCCACGGAGAAGUUCCAGGACAAGGACCAGGUCUUCGUCUUCCUGAAGAAAAACGCCGUCAUCAUCGACACCACCAUCUGUGACCCCCAUUACAACCUGGCCCACAGCAGCCGGCCCUUCGAGAGGCGGCUCUACGUGCUGAACUCCAUGCAGGACGUGGAGAGCUACUGGUUUGAUCUGCAGUGUGUCUGCCUCAACACCCCACUAGGUGUCGUGCGCUGCCUGGGUGUCCCGAAGAACAGCACGGAACAGGGCAGUGACGAGGAGGGCAGCCUGCGAAAGGAGCAGGAGACCGCCGUGGACAAGCACAACCUGGAGCGGAAAAGCGCCAUGCAGGAGUACACCACGGGCAGCCGUGAGGUGGUGGAUGAAGGCCACAUCCCUGGCGACGGGCUGGGAGCCGCUGGGCUCGAUUCCAGUUUCUAUGCACACCUGAAACGCAAUUGGAUCUGGACCAGCUACAUCAUCAACAAAGCCAGAAAGGAGAGCGUCACCGCGGAGAAUGGGCUCACCGUGAGACUACAGACGUUCCUGUCCAAGCGCCCCCUGCCUCUCGGAGCUGCAGGCGGUAGCAGGGUGGCCCUGUGGGGGGAAGCAAAGGCAGGCAGCGAGCUCCCCGCCCAGCGGGAGCAGUUCGGGAUGGAGCGGGAGCCCACGCUAGGCCGAAACCGCAGGGUCAAGGGCGGCAGAAACCAGAAGCGAAAGCGGCUGAGGAAGGAGCCGGGCAAGAGGACCAAGCGGAGGAGGAAAGAGGAGCUGCCCGGAGCCAAAAACAAAAGGCCACGCUACCACGACGAGGCCGACCAGAGCGCCCUGCGGAGGAUGACCCGGCUGCGCGUGUCCUGGUCCACGCAGGAGGAUGGGCUGCUCGUGCUCUGCCGCAUCGCCAGCAAUGUUCUCAAUUCCAAGGUGAAGGGCCCGUUCGUCCCCUGGCAGGUCGUGCGGGACAUCUUGCAUGCCACCUUUGAAGAGUCCCUGGACAAAACAUCGCACUCAGUGGGACGAAGAGCCCGCUACAUUGUCAGAAACCCGCAGGCCUAUCUGAACUACAAGGUUUGCCUGGCUGAGGUGUACCAGGAUAAAGCCCUGGUUGGCGAUUUCAUGAACCGGAAGUGUGACUACGAGGACCCAAAGGUUUGUGCCAAGGAGUUUAAGGAAUUUGUGGAGAAGCUCAAAGACAAGUUCAGUUCCGCGCUGAGGUGCCCCAACCUUGACAUCCCAGACACCAUGCAGGAGCUGUUCACCAGGUACCGGGUUUUAGCGAUUGGAGAUGAAAAAUCCCGGACGAGGAAAGAGGACGAGCUGAACAGCGUGGAGGACAUCCAGUUCCUGGUGCUGCAGAACCUGAUCCAGAGCACACUCUCCCUCUCCAACAGCCAGAUGAGGUCCUGCCAGUCCUUCCAGACGUUCCGCCUCUACCGCGAGUACAAGGAGCCGGUGCUGGCGCGGGCCUUCAUGGAGUGUCAGAAGAGGAGCCUGGUCAAUCGGCGCCGGGUCAGCCACACCACAGGCCCCAAGAAGAACCGGGCCCUGCCCUUCGUGCCCAUGUCCUACCAGCUGUCCCAGUCCUACUACAGGCUUUUUACCUGGCGAUUUCCCAGCUCCGUCUGCACGGAAUCGUUCGAGUUCUUUGACAGACUCCGGGAUGCCGGCAGGUUGGACCAGUCUGAUCCUUUUUGCUUCAAAGACCAGGAUAAUAGUGAGCCCCCCGCCGGCAUGGUGGCGUUCUCCAUGGACGGCCCCGGAGGACACUGUGCGACCGCCCUGACCCUCUGGUCCCUGGGCCUCAUCUCCGUGGAUGUCAGGAUCCCAGAGCAGAUCCUGGUGGUGGACAGUUCCAUGGUGGAGAGCGAGGUCAUGAAGAGCCUGGGGAAGGAUGGGGGCCUGGACGAGGAGGAGGACGAGGAGGAAGACCUAGAGGAAGGCGCGGGUGGCAAGCGUGCGGGUGUGGAGGUGAAGGCGCACCAGGCCUCGCACACCAAGUACCUGCUGAUGCGGGGCUGCUGUGUGCCUGGCCUCGUGAGCACGCGCAACCUCAACCCCAACGACAGCGUGGUGGUGAACUCCUGCCAGGUGAAGUUCCGCCUCCGCCGCACGCCCCUGCACACGCGGCUCAGGCCUGCCGACCCCUCUCUGCAGGAGCUGACCGUGGGGACCUCCUGCCUCCCCGACUCCUUCACUAGGCUGAUGGAGCCCCCAGGAAACAUGUUCAGCCCAGAGGAGUUUGCCCAGCAGGGGGCGCUCUCUGGGUACAGCCCUGAGGACCUGUCUGCCUCCCAGGAGAUCUGGCAGGCUCUGGUCUCCGCCGGCUGCUUCGGGAUUGACAAGGAGAAGCUGAGCAGCCAGUUCUCUGCCGUGGUGAAGACAGCAGGCACCAGGACAUUCCAAGACUACGUCCAGGACCUCCUGGCAUGGAACCAGGUGCUGGAAGUCGGCAGCAGCACCAUCCGCCUGGUGGCCACGGCCUUCGCCCGGCCCUGGCUGCUGCACUCGGUGCGGCUGAAGAACACGGAGGAGGACGCCCUGGCCGCGCUCCCCGAGGGACCUGCCGGCGAGAGCAGUGCCCCUGAGCGGCCGGCUCCGCUCUCUCAGAGCACCAAGCGCCGCUCACGCUGGGCCAGCCAGAGCAGCGACACCGACGUGGACACCGAGUGUGCCCAGAAGCCCCCCGUGAAGAGGCCAGCACUCCAGGACCUGCGCUGGACUUGCAGCACCAGGCUGGUGACAGAAGAGGGGGCAAAGACCCCAGCUCCUGAAGACGCGGGCAUAGCAGGCCCUGGGCAGGAGGCGCAUGAGCAUGGCGGGCCUAGCUCCCCGGGCCCGGAGCAGCUGAGCUCUCAGGCCCAGCUUCCGGAGGGCUUGGAAGACCCCAGAGGGCUCCUGGACACCUCUGGAGCUGGUGGCCUCGCCCAGGUGGCUCCUCCAGAAAAGGACUGUGAGGACAUCUGCUUCAUCGGCCGCCCGUGGCGUGGCGUGGACGGCCUGCUGAACAUGCCAGUGUGUAAGGGCAUGAUGGAGGCCCUGCUGUACCAUGUCAUGAGCAAGCCCGGCGUCCCCGAGAGCAGCCUGCUGCAGCACUACCAGGGCGUCCUGCAGCCUGUCGCCGUGCUGGACCUGCUGCAGGGCCUGGAGUCCCUGGGCUGCAUCCGGAAGCGUGUGCUGAGGAAACCCCCCACUGUGUCGCUCUUCUCCGACCCGGAGCCCCUGGUGCCCUCGGGGCUGGGUGGCAGCACCACAGCCUUCUAUGAGCCCACACUGGACUGCACCAUCCGCCUGGGCUGCGUCUUCCCACCCAAGGUCAACUGGAACAAGUGGACCCACCUGUAGGCCUGUGCGCCGCCGACACGGCCGUCCCUGGACGCUGGUCCCCAGUGCCCUAGGAUCCCGAGUGGAGCAGAGCGGUCUGUGCCGAGCUCCUGCGAGGGGACCGUGUGCUGGCAGAGCCAGGCCGAGGGUGCCGUGGCUCCUCCGGUCUCUUCUCACCUGCGGCCGAGCAUCACCCAGCCAGUGGGACGUGUGGCCUGGGUCCCCGCCCUCUGGGGCUCUCGCUCCCUCUCCCUAGUACCGUGUCUGCUGAGCCUCUCUGAACCCUAGUUCAGGUGAGCACCAGAGCCUCCGGAGGGGCCUCAUCCCUGAGUUCUCCGAGGGGCAGCUCCUGUUGCCACCACCACAGGCCACCUGGCCCUCCCAAGUACCACUGAGGGCAGGGGCCUUGUGGGGACCCCAGAAGAGGGCCCCAGCAGCCCCCAAGGAGUGCCAUCCUGCCCGCCAGAAAGGGGGUCCCUGAAGGUCCUGGUUUGGUUUUGUUCUUUCAGCCUCCUUCCUCAUUUACAAACAGGUCCCCUGCGUGUAUUUAUUUAUUUUUAAUUAAGUGGAAUGGAAUGCAUUUAGCUUUGCAUGUUCUGUCCCUGGGGCCCCUGCUCAGCUGGAAUAGCCAGGAAUGGCCAUGCUGAGGAAGACGGGAUGGGUAAGCCGGCUGAGGGCCUCUGUGCUGUGCUGUGGACGGGAGGCUGGGCAGCCCUGCCCCACCCCACAGCGGCCCACAUCCCACCAGGUCUUUUGGUUACUGACAUUUUAAACAUGUUGGUUUCACCUUUAAAUGGAUUUGCACGUCUGGCUGCUUCUGAGACGGCCGCAGCAGCCAUGGACUUGGGUCUGUGGGACAUGCAGGGUGCUCGGCUGUGAGCCUCUGGCCAACAGGGCCCACCGCCCAUGUCUCCUGCCCACCGAAGGGGACUCUGCACGUGGGACCCUGUGCCUGCACCCGGAUCCUGGUCUUGCCAGGCCGGGGCUCCUGCAGCGCCAUCCACACUGUGCUGCACGGUGGGCAGCUUCGGCUAAAAAGGAACAGGUGUGUGCUGCUUUAGAAGUGUGGUACCCGCAAGAUGCCCCAUACCUGCCUGGGAGGGGAAGGGAGGUUAGGACUGGAAGUACUGGCUUCGCUGUUCUGCCCGCCCUACCGAGCUGUGCCUCGGUCUCCGGAAACCGCAGUGCAGACCACGUGAGCUGUCCCCCAGAUCAGCAGGGAGCUGUGAAGGUGAAAUACCUAAUGUGCUGGCACCAGGAGUUGUGAAGGACUGCAGACUUAGGACAGAAGCGCUGAGCACACACUGCUAAUAAAAUCCAAGAGGGAGCCUUGGGUCUGCCAUGCCUCUCACAGCAGGGUCCUCAGCUUCGUGUCGUUUUCCUGGCUCUCGUUUUUGUAUUCUUUUCCCCUAGAUGAGUGAUACAUGAGCCGGUUUCCCUGCAUAUUCAGGUCUUAGGGGUAGGGCUGGAGCCCAAGCCACUCUCCACUGCCUGUACCUGGUUGCAGCCGGGGCGCAGAACGGGGAGGUGGUUUUGCAGGAAAGUGUGCAGCACAUGUAGCUUGCUUCCCCCCGCCCCUCACACGUCAGUAUCCCCACAUUUGAGCCACCCGAGUCCCGCGGAUUCUUAUGCUCUACCCCUCCCCGUGGUCAGAUGGCUCCUGGCCCUCAGAUGGCCUCCCAGCCCUGCAGUCACCCUCACCUUCUUGGGUCCUUGCACGGCACCUGACCCUCCCUGCCAGCCUCAGUCCACCACCUGGGUGUGACCCGUCUGGUGACCGUGGGUCCUGGCCUCCCCUGCCACCUCCCCUACCACCUGGGGCCAUCUUCCCCUGGGCCCUUGGCUCUGCUACCAGGGGUUUUCCGGCACUCCUGUGCGCAUGUGCCCAAGAUGGGUGUGGCAGCUGGCACUUCACCUGCGGUCCAGGCAGGGUCUCUAAGGAGCACAGCCCGGCCCCGCCCCUGCCCCCACCUGCCUGGCUAUUCCCAAAUCAGAGGAGUGCCUGCCGUUCCAGCACUUGCCAGUAGGGGGUGGCAGCCACCUAGGCAUCUUUGUUUCCCGAUGCUUCUGUGUUGGUCCUCAGAAAUGACACCUAGCAGCAGCACUGCAAGCACUUCCAAGGCGCCAGACGCCCUCUGGGCACUGUAGCCAGGGGAACCCAUGUCUAGGUGCCAUCUGCUCUUCUGCUGUGGGGGAAGCUGAGGCAGGAGGAGGUUACACACAGGCUCCCCGAGUCGGGUGUCAGCAGUCUGUGGUCUGGCCAGCGUGUGCCCUGGGGUGCUGGAUGGGAGAGCUUGGGGACGGCUCCACCCACUUAUAGGCUCAGGUGCCGUGGUUGACUCCACCUGCUCUGUGACCCCUUCUCCUACCACUGUCGGUCCUACCUGGCCGCUGAGCAGAGCCCUGUGCGGGCAGUGGGUACUGUGCCUAUGUAAGACUGGGACUUUUAAAAUUAUUUGU